GCUGGACCAGUGCAAUACGGGAAGCGAACCCGGCCCGGCCCGGCAAGGCCCUGUGGUGGCCCGGAUAGUGGGCCGGUCACUCUGGAGGCUCCCGGGCCCCUGUUCCCUCCCUUUCCCCCCGGUCCAUGGUGCGAGUCUGGGAGCCGUCGCCCGGGCCGGACCGCGCCAUAUCAGAAGGGCACAAGUCAGAAAUCACCAUGCCCCCCAACAAAGAGGCCAAUGGCUUUGCCAGCCCCCCCACAGGGCUCAUCUGCCUCCCUCCUAUCUCAGAGGAGCUGCAGCUGGUGUGGACGCAGGCUGCCCAGACCAGUGAGCUAGAUGGCAACGAGCACUUGUUACGGACUUUCAGUUACUUUCCCUACCCCAGCCUAGCAGACAUUGCUCUGCUCUGCCUUCGGUAUGGACUGCAGAUGGAGAAGGUUAAGACCUGGUUUAUGGCCCAGCGCCUCCGCUGUGGCAUCAGCUGGUCAUCAGAAGAGAUUGAGGAGACUCGUGCACGGGUUGUUUACAACCGGGACCAACUCUACUUCAAAUCACUUCUUUCUCUCACUCAUCAUGCAGGGCGACCCCCUGAGGAUGUUCCACCCACCCCAGUGCCACCCCCAGACUCAGCUGCCACCCACAUUGGCCCUCUGACACUCAGUGAGCCCCCUCAGGUGAAACGAUUGAAGAUAGAACCUGAAGAGUCCUCCUUACUACCCUUGAGCCACCACAAGGCCAAAGAACCCCUGGUUGCACCUGGCAGUGGGGCCUUUCCCCAUCAACCUGGUUUCUGGCAGGAACUGCAAAGUGGUCUCUCCAAGGAGCUGAUAAGCAGAGGUCCUGACCGUCAACCACAUAGCCUGGGAACUACUGUCUGGGACCAUUCUACUAGCUUCCAUCUGUCACACACUCGGGACAGGCCCUCAUCUAUUACAUUACUUGCCAAUAAUUGCAAGCAGGAGCCAUCAUCCAUCAUGCCUUCUUCCUCUUUCCAAGUAAUGGCUAAUGGAGUCACUGCCUCCUCUAAACCCCUUCAAUCGCUGGGAUGUGUUCCUCAGCCACCCUCCCCCAACGAACAGGCACUACCUCCACAUUUGGAGCCAGCCUGGCCCCAGGGUCUAAGACAUAGCCCAGGACCAGGCAGAGUUGCUCCAGGUGAGUACUACUUCCCAGAUAUGCAGCGUCAACGGAAGACCAAGCGCAAGACCAAAGAGCAACUGGCUAUUCUAAAGUCCUUCUUUUUACAGUGUCAGUGGGCUCGGCGUGAGGAUUACUGUAAACUGGAACAAAUCACUGGCCUGCCUAGGCCUGAGAUAAUCCAGUGGUUUGGUGACACCCGCUAUGCUCUGAAGCAUGGCCAGCUAAAAUGGUUUCGGGAUAAUGCAGUGCCUGGUACCCCUAGUUACCAGGAACCACCUACCCCUACUCCACAACCCCUAGCCCGGGAAUGGGCUGAGAUGCCACCACCACCCCUCCCACCCCCUCCCCCAGACACAAGUCCCCUGGAACGGUACUGGACAGCUCACCAACAUUUACAAGAAGAUGACCUCCCUCAACUGAGUCUAGAGUCAGGGUUGAGCACCCAGCAAGUGUUAGACUGGUUCUACUCUCAUUCACCUGAGCCAGCAGAGGUGGUAGUUUGUCUGGAUGAAGAGGAUGAAGAAGAGGAAGAAGAGCUUCCAGAAGAGGAUGGGGGUGAGGAAGAAGAGGAGGAAGAAGAGGAAGAGGAUGAAGUGAUCAUACAAGAUUGAGUGGGGAAUUGGGGAGGGGGGUUGUUAUUAGAAGAUGAACCAACUUAGUGACUGUUUAAACAAAAAAAAAAAACCCACAUUUUUCGUACCUUGUUGACAAAGAACUGAAAGGCUGUGUGUUUGGUAGGGGAAAGGUGGGGACACAGGCACAAAAUGUGAGGGUCUUGGGGUGGGGGUGGGGCAGAAGACCAGAAAUACUGUUCUGCUUGUCUUUU